ACUUCCUUAUCUGUUUUCCAUGCACAUCUUUUUCUAGUUAUUUAGUGGGGGUGGAUAUUUUGUGGAUAGUUUUAUUGGUGGGUUUAUUGUUAGUUGCAGUUAUGGCAACACAAAGGUAUUGGCUUACUCAGCUAUGGGUUCGGGAUUCAGAAAAAGCUUCUCCGUAUGAGUGUGGAUUUGAUCCAUUUGGUUCGGCACGGUGUCCGUUUUCUGUUCGUUUCUAUAUGGUUGCUAUUUUGUUUUUGGUGUUUGAGGUAGAGUCUCUAAUAUUUUUUCCGGUGCUUCAUGCUAAGAGGGUCGGGGUAGCUAUAGUUGAGUUUUACAGGUGGUGUUUUUUGUUGGUCCUGGUUGUUGGGUUAUUAUACGAAUUGUAUCGAGGUUUCUUUUUUUUCAGUGUUACUCGGUUGCCUAGUGUUUGGCUACAGGGGAGCUGUGUGGUUAAGGCAUUUUAUUUUUCUAUCAUUUCUAGGGGGUUUAAUGGUUGUGUUUCUCUAUGCGGUUGCUUUAGCCCCGAACCCUCUGUUCAAGAGCAUUGCCCAGAAAACCGUUCGUCCUAUGGGUGUGGUUAUGUUUAUAAUCAGGGUUUCUUGCCUAAUUCUUUAUUAUGAUGGAUGGUGGUGUUAUAAAGAUGUUUUUUGUGGGGGGUAUGUGGAUGUGAGGGGAUGUUUAGGGCCUGAGUUGAGGGAUAGGAGUUGGGUAGGUAGUGUAAGUUUUCUAUUUUUGGCUGUUUUAUUGGCCAUUUGUAUAGUAUCGGUAACUAAGCUUUGUUGAUACAACAAAAGGGGAGCUCUUCGCGGCAUUCGAAGUACUAUAAAGUAAGAUGGGGGUGGCAGAAUAAUGUGUUCGUUUUAAGCUCGAAAGAUGGGUUAUAAGGCCCCCCCCAUUUUGUUGCCUUAUUCUACAACAAGUUCUGGUCCGAUUUAUUCGGCUGUAAAGGGAGUAAUUUACGAUCUUCCGUGCCCUUCUAAUUUAAGGGUUUGGUGGGGAUUUGGGUCACUUCUGGGGGUUUGCCUUUUUGGGCAGAUUCUAACUGGUUGGCUUUUGUCAUUCUAUUAUACUGCUCAUGAAGAUUUAGCUUUUAGAAGCGUAUGUUUUAUUAUAAAGGAAGCUCAUAUGGGGUGGGCAGUUCGGAGGUUCCAUAUUAAUGUGGCAAACUUUAUGUUUGUCUGUUUAUACCUUCAUAUUGGCCGCGGGUUAUAUUAUGGGUCUCAUCGUUUAUAUAAGGUUUGGUGUAGGGGUAUUGUGUUGUUGUUAUUGGUAAUACUAACAGCUUUUACCGGCUAUGUUCUUCCCUGGAGGCAAAUGGCUUAUUGGGCCGCCCAGGUUAUUAGAAGAAUGGUAACUGCAAUUCCUUUAGUUGGGGGAGAUAUCGCAAUGUGAGUUUGGGGGGGAUAUGCAGUAGGGAAUGUGACUCUUAAGCGCUUGUUUAGGCUCCAUUUUUUGAUGCCUUUUGUUAUUAUGGGUAUUUUUUUCUUACAUCUUAUUUUCCUUCAUUCAACUGGGUCGGGUAACCCUUUGGGGUUGGAUAGAGACUGUUCAUUAGUUCGAUUCCAUAGGUUUUUUACGGUGAAGGACUUGGUGGGGGUUUGUUUAAGCUGUACUGUAGUGGCAUUUAUAGUUGGGUUCUACCCAUAUAGGCUUUUAGAUGGGGGGAGGUUUGUUCCUUGUGAUUACAUGGAAACUCCGGCUAGAAUUCAUCCUGAAUGGUAUUUUUUGUUUGCUUACGCAAUUCUCCGAUCGGUGCCUAAUAAAGUUGGUGGGAUUUUACUAUUGCUUGCAUCUAUUUUCAUUUUGUUUGUGUUGCCUGAAAUUUGGUGUGGUAAAAUGGAGUCAUUUUGUUUUUAUCCCGUGUGCCAGUUUUUGUUUUGGGCUUGGGUUGCUAAUUUUUGCGUGUUAACAUAUGUAGGGAGGCAGGGUGUAGACGAUCCUUUUGUUAGGGCGGGUAGGUGGGGUACUAUUUUCUAUUUUGGGUUUUUUCCUCUUGUAGGCCUAGUGCAGCGGUAUGAAGACUAUAUUUGUUCAUAUGACCAUGAGUGAGAUGAGUUUGACGAGUACUGGGAAGAAAUAGUUAAACAGUAUCCGGAUUUAGGGGUAAAUGAUGAAGAUCAUUGGCCGGAUCCUAAAUUAAUGAGGGCGGGGGAAAUGGUUGAUUUGCUAAAGGUAGAGCCUUAUAAUUGAAAGGGGUUGGGAGGUCAUUUACAUAAGGUGGUAAAGGGUCCAACAAAGCCCCUUGAUCCUUAUUCGGGGACGUACCACGGGUGGU